ACAGUUAAAUUUGUAAUUUUGGUUGUGUGAAACACUUCUUUGGGGCCUCAUAAACAACCACAGAACCACAAGUUGGGUACGGUGGCAGUCACACAAGACUGGGUCCGGGAUAUUGGUCAGCAGGCAGGGCAAAUCACACUGUCUGCAAACCACAGAGUUUCGUAGAGCGGUGAAAGAAAUCAUAUAGUACCUCAACUUUACGAAAAGACUUCAUUGGAAAGAGGAAACCAUGGCUUCGGACAGCAUGUUUGAGUCAUUUCCUUCAUACUCACAGUGCUUCAUGAGAGAUACAAGCACCAGCCGCCGCUUCACGCCACCCUCCACCACGCUGAGUCCGGGGAAGAUGAGUGAAACACUGCCGCUGGCUGUCCAGGAGAACAGCGCCUCCCUGGUGGGAAAACUCAGAAGUACAGACCGCAGUAUGGUGGAGGUUUUAGCGGAUCACGCGGGAGAAUUGGUCCGUACAGACAGCCCUAACUUCCUCUGCUCCGUGUUACCCACGCACUGGAGAUGCAACAAAACAUUGCCGAUUGCUUUCAAGGUGGUUGCCUUGGGAGAUGUUCCUGAUGGGACUUUGGUCACUGUGAUGGCUGGAAAUGAUGAAAAUUAUUCUGCUGAACUGAGAAAUGCUACAGCGGCAAUGAAGAACCAAGUUGCAAGGUUCAACGACCUCAGAUUUGUGGGGAGAAGUGGAAGAGGAAAAAGUUUCACAUUGACCAUCACUGUCUUCACAAAUCCACCACAAGUAGCCACCUACCAUAGAGCUAUCAAAAUUACUGUGGAUGGACCUCGGGAGCCUAGAAGACAUCGUCAGAAAAUAGAUGAACAGACAAAGCCAGGGAGCUUGUCCUUCUCAGAAAGACUGAGUGAACUGGAACAACUACGCCGUACUGCAAUGAGAAUCAGUCCACACCACCCAGCCCCCACAUCUAACCCACGAGCUUCCUUGAACCACACAACGGCUUUUAAUCCUCAGCCUCAGAGUCAGAUUCAGGAUACAAAGCAAAUCCAGCCUUCCCCUCCUUGGUCCUAUGACCAGUCUUACCAAUACUUGGGAUCUAUUGCCUCUCCUUCUGUACACCCAGCAACACCUAUUUCCCCUGGGCGAGCCAGUGGUAUGUCAUCUCUUUCUGCAGAGCUUUCCAGCCGACUUUCAACUGCUUCUGACCUGACAGCAUUCAGUGAUCCGCGACAAUUCCCAACUCUUCCAUCCAUUUCUGAUGCUCGUAUGCAUUACCCAGGAGCUUUUACCUAUACCCCAACUCCAGUCACUUCAGGAAUAGGAAUUGGUAUGUCUGCCAUGACCACUGCCACAAGAUACCACACUUACUUACCCCCUCCAUAUCCUGGUUCUUCUCAGGCUCAAGGCAGCCCCUUUCAGACAAGUUCUCCAUCUUACCAUCUCUACUAUGGAACGUCGGCAGGGUCCUAUCAGUUCUCAAUGAUGUCUGGUGGAGACCGCUCACCUCCACGUAUCCUGCCUCCUUGCACUAAUGCUUCCACAGGAUCUACCCUCCUCAAUCCCAAUCUUCCCAACCAAAGUGAUGUGGUUGAAGCUGAAGGCAGUCACAGCAACUCCCCAACCAACAUGGGUACCACAGCAAGGCUGGAAGAAGCAGUAUGGCGACCAUAUUGAAUUUUACCUAGAGAUGGGCCAGAACUGAAUUUGCUUUGAUCUACUUUUUCCCGAAGUUAUUCUAAUUGCCCUAUGGAACCUGAAGGUUGUUUCACUCCUUUCAGAAGGAACUCCCUCUGGUGACUAGGCUAUUUUGGUCACUGUGUCAAUAUUUCAUUUAGGCAAUUUGCAAAGAAGAACGAUAUUUUCCUUAAAAUGGUCUCUUUUUCAGGAGAUAAAGCCUUCUGGAACCAAAAGGACCCCAAAUGGUUAUACCCAUUGGUCUUGAAGUAGUUCAUUACUCUGAUCUAGUUCCAGACCAAUGGCUUCCUAAGCAUCCCUUGACUCAGAGAUCCGACAGUUCUCAAAUGCUGUUUGAUCCAUCUCUGAUUUUUACACCCAACACAACCAGAGUGUGUCUAUUUCACCAUGUGGACCCAUUAAUAGUUGUAAGGAAGUAUAGGUAGAUUCCCAGAGGGAAACUGUGAAUGCUUCUGAUUUAGCAAUGCUGUGAAUAAAAGAAAGGUUUUAUAUCCUUGACUUAGAUUUUUAGCUAAGUUGUAUAUUCCAAAGUUUGGAAUUUUGGUUUUGGGGAAUGCAACUCAUCUUAUUUUGCAUCUAAUUCAUUUUUAUUUCUUUUUUAGGCACCUUAUAAAUUGCAAAAUGCAUAUUUGCAUUUGGGUGGUUUUUUUAAUAUAUAAAACUGUGCUUGCUUUUUUCUUGCUUUGACAGUUGAAAGAAUCAAUUCCCUUUUCAUUGAGGUUUUAUUUAACUUUUUCCUUUGAACUUGGGUGUAGUUGUUUUUAAAGUGACAGCUACAGCCUUGGGUCAUUU